CAGUCAGCUUCAGCCAUUAACGGUUUUAUAAUUUACUUGGUUUUAAUUUUUUAUUAGAUUUCAAUACUUAUACCAAUGCCAAAACAUUCCUUGUUAAAUAUUUUAUUAUUUAUAUUUAUAUUUUAAUUAUUUAUUCAUAUUUUAUCAUGAUGACUGACGAUUCAAGUGUUCGUGUUGCUGUUCGGAUAAGGCCUCAGGUAGCUAGAGAGGUGAUUGACAUGUGUCGAAUAUGUACACAAGUGCCGGUAGGCGAGCCCCAAGUAUUCUUGGGAGCAGACAAAGCCUUUACGUAUGACUAUGUAUUUGAUACAAGUGUUGAACAGACUGAAAUAUACGAGAGCUGCGUUAGGAAGCUCGUGGAAGGUGCUUUGGAUGGAUACAAUGCUACUGUCCUGGCUUACGGACAGACUGGGUCAGGUAAAACCUAUACCAUGGGUACGGGAUUUGAUAUUGAGGUUGAUGACCAGGUUGUCGGGAUAAUUCCUCGAGCAAUAAAACAUUUGUUUGAUGGGAUCGCUACCAAGCAGGCUAAAGCGCGUGAACGUGGGCACAUGCCUCCGGAGUUUAAGGUGACGGCACAAUUUUUAGAAUUGUAUAAUGAAGAUUUGAAAGAUUUACUUGAACCCGGAGGACCUCGAGGUGGUGCUAGAAUUCAUGAAGACACUUCGGGAAAUAUUCAUCUUACUGGAGUUGAACCCCGGGUGGUAACUAAUCCGGAGCAAGCAUUGGAAUAUUUGAGGCUUGGUGCCUUGUCACGAACAACUGGAUCCACGCAGAUGAACACUCAGUCAUCGCGAUCACAUGCUAUUUUUACUUUGUACAUUAAACAGCAGCGGUGUAUCAGGGUUGAAGAUCCAGAUGCUGAUGUCGACACGAGCAGCGAUCCGAUGAAUGAAUUCGAGACAUUGACAGCUAAAUUUCACUUCGUUGACUUGGCGGGCUCGGAAAGAUUGAAACGAACUGGUGCCACUGGAGAUCGUGCUAAAGAAGGGAUUUCUAUAAAUUGCGGACUGCUUGCUCUGGGGAAUGUUAUUUCUGCGCUGGGGGACAAGAGCAAGAGAGCACUGCACGUGCCUUAUCGUGACUCAAAGCUGACACGUUUGUUACAAGAUUCUCUAGGAGGUAACUCGCAGACUUGUAUGAUUGCUUGUAUUUCUCCCAGCGAUAGGGAUUUUAUGGAGACUCUGAGUACGCUCAAGUACGCUAACAGGGCGCGGAAUAUCAAGAACAAAGUUACUAUUAACCAAGACAAGAGUUCGAGAACUAUAGCUUCGUUGAGGCGAGAGAUCCAGCAGUUGCAGCUGGAAUUACUUGAGUUCCGGCAGGGUAAGCGAGUUGCUGGUGAGGAUGGUGUCAAUGAUGCUUGGCAUGAGAACCAGAUGCUCAGCAGCGAGAUGCAGAGUCUCAGAACAAGAGUUAAAGCACUUUCGGAAACUGUAGAAGCAUUGACGGCGAAGAAUUCGUUGCUGUUGGCUGAAAAAGCUGCAGGUCAAUGGGUUUCUGCUGGUAAUGAUGAUGUUUCUCAACUAGUUUUAGGAUACGUCCAAGAAAUUGAAGAAUUGAGGGCACGGUUGCUAGAAGCGGAGGCCAUGUAUCAGCAGUUGAAGAAACGCCAGCAGCAAACUACUGUCACUAAUCCUUAUCCAGUUGAUACUUACAUGUUUAGUGAGACACCUUCAAUUUUGGAUACAGCGAAGAAAGACGUGCAGAAGGAUAUCAAUAAAUUGGAUGCGUUGAAGGAACAGCAGACUGCUAGUAAGGAAGAUGAUGAUGAUGCUGAUGCUGAUAAUACUGAGAAUGGACAAGAGUCACUUAGUGAAGACGAUUCGGACGACGAGUUGGAUCGUAAGGAAGAAGAUGAUCAGGAAAUGGCCAUGGGCAGAGAACUAGAGGCUUUGACUUCUGAUAUUGAUGUAAAGCAACGUUUGAUUCAAGAACUGGAGAUGUCGCAACGGCGUUUGCAUUCAAUGAAGCAGCACUACGAGGACAAGCUUGCCCAGCUUCAAGCGCGGAUUCGCGAUACGCAAGAAGAACGUGACAAAGUUUUGUCUUCUUUGCAGCAGCAGGCAUCUCCGCCUACAGAGAAGGUAAAGAAAUUACGCGAUGAGUACGAGAAGAAGUUAACGUCAAUGCAGAAAGAAAUGAGGAUUUUGCAGUCGGCUAAAAAAGAACAUGCGCGAUUGCUGAAAAACCAGAGCCAGAGCCAGAUGAGACUCAAAAGCUUACAUAAAGAGCUUCAGGAUAUGAAGCAUGCCAAGGUGGAGCUACUGAGAAAGAUGCGAUUGGAGUCACAGAGACACAAAGACAAUGAGUUGAGACGUAACCGGGAAAUUGCUCAGCUACGAAAAGAAAGCAGACGCAAUGCCAAUAUGAUCCGGACUCUUGAGGCAGACAAACGCAUGAAAGAAGUUGUUUUGAGACGUAAACAAGAAGAAGUUACUGCUUUGAGAAAACGCGACCGCGGGUUGAGUGAAAAAGUUGCUGGGCGUACUCCUGCUAAAUCACUUAGCUCGAAAAGUUUGAAAUCCCGAUGGCAGACAUUCGAAAGAACAAUUACUAAGCAUACUCUUAUUAAACAGGCUGCUGCUGAAACUGAGCGUGAGAUGGAGCGUUUAUUGUCUGAACGUGAACAAUUGGGACAUGAUUUGGAACAGCUCCAAAAAAAUCGUGAAAUAUUUGCUGCCGCUCAUGAAGACACGACUUAUUUUGACGAAGAUAUUGAUAAUGUCAAGAGCAAAAUAUCUUAUGUCCAAGAUAGUAUCGCCGAGUGCCAAAGAGACAUGAUGGAAAUGGGAGACUGCGAUAUAGAAGGUGAACCAGGUGUCGAUGCUCUUAUUUCAUCGAUAAAAUCUGUUGACGAGGCUCAAUAUAUGCUUCAAAAAAUGCUUGGAUUUAUUGUCGAUCAGAGCUGCACUGCCGCUCAAAAACAGCUUGAGUUCCGGGAUAUGGAAUCGCGACUAAAUCAGGUCACUCAGCAAAGCGACGUUCAGCACCAAUUGCUCGAGCACGUGAUGCGUGAUCGUGAACUAUUUUCUUUUACAAACCAUGACGUCAAUUACAGUCCUUCUAUGUCCCGGUCUUCAUCUUCUGAUAACAGCGAGACGUAUGGACAUCAAGGAAAUGCCGAAGGCAAACGUGUAAAAGCACGUCAACGUAAACUUCAGCGCAACGAUUUAUUGUUUGGCAGCACAACCGAGUCGAAAGUUGAUCAGCAAAACCAAAACCAAAACCACAAUCAUCCACUGACGCGAGUUCCAAGCGCUCCAGGAAGUUUAAAGGGUUUGGUAUUAACGCGAGGACCGCAUGGUGGAUCUCCAACACUUGCUAGACGUGAUAGCACAUCUCCACGACCGCUACGUCGUCCUCAUCAUGGACUUGGUGGUUCCAUGGAACAGGUGGCACAAAUGGACAUAUCGUCGCCACCUGGAUCGCCUACAAUCUAUAGAAGAUUCAAUAGUCGUGAGGAAAAUGUAUUUUCACGAUUAACAGCAGCUCGUCAGCCAUUGACGACAGAUCCACAGCCUAGUAAAGGUAUUAUAUCACCGUAUCCUGGUAAAGUUCAACCACGAGCGACUUUACAGUGCAGUCAUGUUGCUGAAGGUCAUAGCAAAGCUGUUCUAGCUAUUGAUGUAACACAUGAUUUAUUAUUUAGCGGGUCUAAAGAUCGAACGGUUAAGGUGUGGGACCUGGGAACGGGACUGGAGAAUAUGACACUGACAGGACACCCGAACAAUGUGGUUGCGGUUAAAUAUUCUCGGUUAAAUAAUUUAUUAUUCAGUGUGUCGGCGGCUUAUGUGAAAGUCUGGGAUCUGAGAGCCGCUAAUUCAUGUGUUAAGACACUUUUCUCAUCGGGACAGACUCAGAGUGGAUCACUGUCGCACACUACGCCCUCAAGGACGUUGCAGCUACCAGUGGGAGAGGCUGCGAUAAAUGAUCUGUCGUUGAGUUUGGAUGAGCAAGAAUUGUACACGGCUUCGAGUGACAAAGUCAGGACCUGGGAUUUGAGAAAACUGACGUACACAGGCCGGUUUAGUACUCCGCAUACCGCUGCUGUAAUGUGUCUCGCGGUUGCUCAAGACGGUCGCAUUAUUACUGGAAGUAAAGAUCAUUUGAUUUCGUUGAUUGAUAGAAAUACUUCUGGACAAGCUGUCAGUCUUGCACCGCCACACUAUGACGGGGUUGAAUGCCUCGCUCCAAGUGGCUCUAUACUUUUUUCAGGGUCAAGGGAUAUGUGCAUCAAGCGUUGGGACUUGACUAAAAUGGAGCUAGUGCAAUCAUUAAAUAAUGCUCACAAAGAUUGGAUCCUCGGGCUUUGCACCAUCAACAACGGAUCCGUGAUGGUGUCAGGUUGCCGCGGGGGAAUUUUGCGAGCUUGGUCCGUAGCCCGGGAGCCAAUGGGUGAGUGCAAUCUAAUGGGAGAAGUUCGUGCUCACGGAUCAGCAAUAAAUGCCGUAGUUACAAACCAGCAGCACAUCUUUACCGCCAGCAAUGAUGGAACAAUAAGAUUAUGGAGUUUUUUCAAUAAACGUGACCAACCACGUACAUUUCAACGAAGCAAUUCAUUAAAAUGCUAACAAUUACCAUUUAUUUGUAAUAAUAUUAGUCAUCAAGACAAUGAAUAUUUGAUUUAAAAUUUAAAAACAACUAUUGGCCUACCCGAGUAAAAAUAUCCAUAUUUCAUAUUUGUAUAUUAUUAUGUAUGGGUGUAUGUAUAUGUGUAUAUAUAUAUAGUCGAUUUCCUUUAAUUCUGACAGCUAGUUGAUGGAGUAGUAGAAAUUUCCUGGAAAUUCAGAUUUAUCGAAUGCUCCUUCUUCAAAAAAAGUAAACUAUACUCAUGCGCGUUUGAAUCUACAUGAAUGAUACAAGAAUAUAUAUACAGAGUCAUACAAAUGUGUAGCUUAGGGAGGAAGACAGUGGACCUCGUAGUGGGAGUUCAGACUUGAUGAAAUCAGACAUUGUAAUUCGACUGUAUGUUGAACGAAAAAAAUUGACUAAUUUUUUUUUCAAAUUUCGUAUGAAUUAUUUUUAGAGUUUGCACCAAAAAUUAAUUGAAAAUUAAAAUUUUACUUUUUUAAGUUUAUUUUUUUCAUGAAAAAUUUUAUGGCGAAAAAUGAAUGAAUGGAAAUUGUCACCUCUAAGUAUGAAUUAUAAAAAGAGGCUGAACAGAAUUUAUAAAUUUUUUUAUUACAAUAUUUAGGAUAUUUACGAGCGAGUUGCAAUAUAAUUGUAUAGGGUUCAGUAAACAAAAGUUUAUGUGAAGUUAUAUGUAAAAAUUUUUCUGUAAAAGUAUAUAGUAGGAUUGUGCAAAUAGUUUGAAUUAAAAAAACAGUUUUUGAAUUUUAAAAAAAUCUGACUUCGUGAGAUUUCAAAUUCGAAAAAUUCAAAUUACUUGUGGGUUUUUAAAUUAUUAAAAAAAUUUGAAUUAUUUGUAAGUUUGAAAAGUAACAGUAAAGUAAUAGAACUAAUACCCGAUUACUCCAUGUAUUUGUAUAUCUAUAUUUAUAAAUACAUGGAGUGAUUGGGUACUAGUCUCUAAUUGGAUAUUACGUUUUUUAUCUUGACUUAUAAUAAAAAAAUUUUUAUAAUUUAACAGAAAUUAGUUAAAAAUUUUAUGAUAGAAAUUCAAAUCGAAUAUUCAAAUUUGAAUAGAAUGAUACAAAAACUUGAAGAUAAUUAAAAAAUUUACGAAUAAUCCAAAUUAUUCGAUUUGCACACCUAAUAUAUAAUAUAUAGCAAUAUAUACGAAGUAAAAAAAAAUGUUAUAAUAAGAGAAAUAUUGUUGAUUACUAAAUUUUUUUAAUUGAUGAUCAUGAUCAUCAAUAAAAUAUAUAUUUAUCUAAAAAAUGUAUUGUCCAUUAUUUUAAAAAUUUUCUUUACACUGAAAAUCGCCAUAUUGUAAUCGAAAAUAAUUAUUUUAAAUCUUUUUGUUAUGUAUGGUAUUUUUACUCGGGCUACAGGGGUAGAUAAUUAGUGAUUUAUUGUACUAUAGAAUGAAUGAAUUAAUUAAUUAGAUAAUCUAAUAAUGAAUUAGUUAAAUGACCAACUGAAGAGAUUUUAAGUGCAGUAUUUUUUUUGUUGUUGCAUUUAAGUAUUGAUGAAUUUAAAUUGAUGUAAAUUUUUUUUUACUUUUUUAUUGUAAAGCAAGUGAUGGGGUCAUUAGAGUUUAGAAAUAAUUAAAAAUAAAAGAUACCGUCGCCUAAUAUUUAGAUACUGAGAAAUAAUUUUUAUGUAAAUUGACUAAGUAGAUGCAUCUAUAUAUAAAUAUACAGAUACAUUUAUAUAUAUUAUAUAUUUGAAUAUAUUGAAGGCUGUUCUGAUACGAGGAUUAAAUUAAAUUUUGGCAAUAUCUAGCAUUCAUUUUAUUAUGAACAGAUAGAUUGUUCCAAUAGUAAUUAUAAUAUUUAUUCUCAGUACAAACAAUAAUAAUGAAUUAAUACUGUACAGUUGAACCUUAUUGAGGGCUUCAAGUACGUGACAUUGUCAGGGCUGAUUGUUUAAUUUUCUUCUGUAAAAUAAAAUUUAAUAAAAUUAAUUUUCACUA